AUGGUGCGUAAGACAUCGCGCUUGGGGCCUGGGCAGCAGUCGGUGGAGGAAAUUUUACUGUAUCGAUCUAUUCAGCAACCCCACGCCUUGAGAGCCCCUCGAGAGACGAUUCGCAGACGUCUCUCAAGCAACAACAAUACAGGAAUUCGCACCUCGGCAGCCUCGUCUAGAUUAAGGGCGAAUCACCAGGUUACUACCACGCGCACUGAAUUAACAGAAGCACCGCAUCUACCAGUCGAUUCCAUUCAACAAAUGGCGAUUGAGAUUGCCAGCCUCGACCAGCGCUUGCAGUGUGUGGCGACUUGUUUUGCUUCAGCUUCGAGCCAUGCAGCAAAGGCACGGAAACCAAAAAUGAUAAACUUUGAGCAUCACAUUGAACCAGCAGGCAUUAUUAAUUUUUGUAGUAUUCAAAAAGAAGUUAAUGGGAGUAAUGCUGAUGACAGUGAGCGAAAAAUUAACUCAGUCGACGCAAUGGGUAGUUUACAUAAACAACAUUGUGUACGUGAUAUGGAGUCGACAGCUAGACGUCUGGACAAUGAAGAUGACGAAGAGACUUUAGGCGACAAGAAAGGCUUUCCUUCUGCUACAAAAUUUUUGCUGAUGUGUCGGGGAUAUGUAGUUCGCCUGAGUGUUUGCAGCACGUGA